AUGAGCGCACUCAGAAACGGCCCCAGACUGAGCCUCCAACACUUUAUUCUCCAGGCAGAGAUCAUCAAGGCCUACCGCGCAGCAGUGCGCGCUACAAGGCCUCUGCCCGACUCUGCAACCCGGCGUGAGACCCUCGACUGGCUGAGAGGGGACAUUGAGCGGCUGCGGUACGAGACAGAUCUGGAGCGCUUGAGAACCAAUAUCAGCAGCUUCAACCGUAACCUCAAGAUUCUCAUUCCCGGCCUGGGACUGACGGGCCUCACGCCCGAGCAUGGAGCCAAGCUCAUAGGACGUGGCGGGAGGAGGACGGUGUAG